GUUCUGGGGCCCGGUUCGCCGCCGCAGCCGUUAGGCUGCAUGCGGAGGGGACCGCCCACCCUGUUGUCAUUGCUCCUGCGGCCUCAGCAGCCUCUUCGCUGGGACUGCGCGACACCGCCCCCCGACUGGGCGCUCGCGGUAUCCCAGGCCCGGUGCUGGGUACGGUCCAGCCUUUUAGCCCAUUAGGGCUUCGCCAGCCCCGCGAGCGCUCUACAAGGGCCGCCAGGCAAUAAUGAAGGUUCUUUUACUGAAGGAUGCUAAGGAAGACGACGGUGGCCAGGAUCCAUAUAUCAGGGAAUUAGGAUUAUAUGGACUUGAAGCCACUUUGAUCCCUGUUUUAUCAUUUGAGUUUUUGUCUCUUCCCAGUUUCUCUGAGAAGCUUUCUCAUCCUGAAGAUUAUGGGGGACUCAUUUUUACCAGCCCCAGAGCAGUGGAAGCAGCAGAGUUGUGUUUGGAGAAAGACAAUAAAACUGAAGUCUGGGAAAGGUCUCUGAAAGAAAAAUGGAAUGCCAAGUCAGUGUAUGUGGUUGGAAAUGCUACUACUUCUCUAGUGAGUAAAAUUGGCCUGGAUACAGAAGGAGAAGCCUGUGGAAAUGCAGAAAAGCUUGCAGAAUAUAUUUGUUCCAGGGAGUCCUCAGCACUGCCUCUUCUGUUUCCCUGUGGAAACCUCAAAAGAGAAAUCCUGCCGAAAACGCUCAAGGACAAAGGGAUUGCCAUGGAAAGCAUAACUGUGUAUCAGACAAUUCCACACCCAGGAAUCCAAGGGAACCUGAACAGCUACUACUCCCAGCAGGGAAUUCCAGCCAGCAUCACGUUUUUCAGUCCCUCUGGCCUUACACACAGUCUCAAGCACAUUCAGGAGUUAUCUGGUGACAGUAUCGAUCAAAUUAAGACCCAGGGCCCCCAAUACCGGAAGCAGAACUGUCUGCAGCUAGAGCCUCUGAGGAAGGACUGCAGUGAUGCAGCCAUGAUGUUUGCAGCCAUCGGCCCCACUACGGCUCGUGCGCUGGCCGCCCAGGGCCUGCCUGUAAGCUGCACUGCAGAGAGCCCCACGCCACAAGCGCUGGCCACUGGCAUCAGGAAGGCACUCCAGCCCCAUGGCUGCUGCUGAGUCAGCCACCUGGCGCUUGCCCCAUGCAGCAUCCCGGGGCUGGGCUCCUCCCAACGGGGCUGGCUCUGCGUGGAGCCAGGCAUCGGCAAGGGCUCUCAGGAGCUGUUGCCACCAGACUCCUGCCUCAAGCCUGAGUGGAAAGCACCUGAGGACUGGGGAUCAGGAUCUGACCUGGGGCUGGGAUCAGGCCCACGUGCACAUGACUGCUCUCUUUGGAAGCCAGCUUGAACCCUAGCCUUGUGAGAGCUUCCUGUGCCCAGCAGAAAGGAAAUCAAAUAAACCACACUGGCUACCUGUGCUUA